GUCGUCCGUGAACUGUGGCAGCGAAGUCGCCUCGAGAACCGUGUGCUCGCCGAGGUGUGGCAGCUUGUGGAUCGAGGCGCGAAGGGACGGCUCAGCAGGGAGGAGUGGGUGGUCGGCCUGUGGAUCAUCGAUACCGCGCUCAGGGGCGGGAAGGUCCCCGUUAGGGUCGAGGAGGGCGUGUGGAAGAGU